GAUACAGUAUCCAUGUCUAUUUAGGAGAGAUAUUUCCUUCCCCGGGAAAAAGUAACAAACACUAGCGAGGAAAUUUAGCAUUAAGUCUAAUAGAUUUGUCCCCCUUAUUCCUGUUAUCAUUAUUUAAUGGGAUUGUCUUUAGGUAUUGCAUGGACCGUGAGCUUAGUAUAAAUGGUAUGCCGGCUUCACCCCCCCCAAAAAAAACCCAAAACUUAGUCUUCAUUUGCUGAAGCAAGCUCUCAGUCCAGCGAGUUGCAGAGGUGGAAGAAUUUUGCCAAUGAAGAUGCGACAUAGGAAGAUGAAGCAUUGCUCUAGUAGCAUCUAGAGUUCGUCAACAUUGGUGGCAAUAUUGGCUUUAAGGGGAGGGGUAUGAUGGAUAGGGAGAAACUCAUGAAGAUGGCUGGUGCAGUUCGCACUGGUGGAAAGGGCACAGUGCGAAGAAAAAAGAAGGCAGUUCACAAGACUACCACAACAGAUGACAAGAGGCUCCAAAGUACCUUGAAAAGGAUAGGCGUGACUAACAUUCCUGCUAUUGAAGAAGUCAACAUUUUUAAGGAUGACUAUGUUAUACAUUUUGCUAACCCAAAGGUUCAGGCUUCGAUUUCUGCCAACACAUGGGUGGUUAGUGGGUCAUCUCAAACAAAAAAACUACAAGAUCUUUUUCCUAGCAUCAUCAACCAACUUGGACCUGACAGUUUUGCCAAUCUGAAGAAGCUUGCCGAGCAGUUUCAAAAACGGGAAGCAAACCGUGCAGAGGGAGGAGAUGAUGAUGAUGAUGUGCCUGAACUUGUUGAAGGUGAGACGUUUGAGGAAGCAGCUAAGACUGACACUGCUUCAUAGAUGAAUGGAACCUAUGAAGUAGAAGCAGCUGGGUUUAAGAUUUUAAAUAUUCUGAUUUGAAUUGAUUUUAUUUUAAAAUUAGAUUUUCUUUUUUAGCCAAAGUAAUGAGCAUGGUGUGGAGUUAAGUAAGAAACAGCAACAUUCACUUCUACGUUUGGUUGGAAAUCAUGUUUAUAUCCUGUGGAUGUGAUUGCUCCAACAUGUAAUCUAGAAUCUGCUUUUGUCAACUAAUCUUUGUGGGAUUCUUUGCAUAUAAUGAGUCAAUCUUUCAAGA